AUGUCAACAAUACAAAAUGAUCGAAAUUACUGUUCUACUUGUAAAAAACAAUUAAGUACUGGUUCUGCUUAUAGUAAUCAUAUAAAAUCAAAGAAACACUCACUUAAAUUAUUAGAAUCUCAACCAUUUAAUGAAACAAAGCAAAGAUUAGGAAAUUCUAAUUAUAUUAAUGCAAAUAUCACCAAUUCUUUUGAUUACAUAAAUUCAGAAUAUGAUAAUGAAGAAUAUUAUAGCAAAGAGCAUGAUGGUGGAGAAUAUAAUAAUGAAGAA